AUGGCAACAAUGUUCACCCGAAGCCUCAGAGGAUCACUGACCACCCCACCUUCUGCUUUUCGCUCGGUCUCCUCCUUCAUUAGUACUUCAUCUCCUGCCACUUCAGCUUUUGCUUCCUCCCUCCGUCAUCCUACUUUCUCUCCAGGUUUCAAUUGCUCUUCUCGUGCAUUCUCUCAAUCAUCUGCAAUCAUGUCUACUGCCUGGUUUGACAUUGAGUACGGCCCCAAUGCUGGUUCCACCAAGACCGGCCGUGUCGAAUUCAAGCUCUACGACGAUGUCGUCCCCAGGACCGCCAAGAACUUUGCUGAGCUCUGCAAGGGUUUCACCGACGAGACUGGCAAGCUCUUGACCUACAAGGGCUCUUCUUUCCACCGUGUCAUUCCCCAGUUCAUGCUUCAGGGUGGUGACUUCACCCGUGGCAACGGUACCGGUGGAAAGUCCAUCUACGGUGAGAAGUUUGCCGACGAGAACUUCAAGAUCCGCCACGAGCGCCCUGGUCUCCUCUCCAUGGCCAACGCUGGUCCCAACACUAACGGCUCCCAAUUCUUCAUCACCACCGUCACGACCAGCUGGCUCGAUGGCAAGCACGUCGUCUUCGGCGAGGUUGUCAAGGGAUACGACAUCGUCGAGGCCAUCGAGAAGCUCGGUACCUCCAGCGGCUCUGUCAAGGGAGUCGCUAAGAUCGUCGACUCUGGCGCUGCUUAA